AUGUCGUACAAAAAUUACUAUAGCGAAAACAAUCCACUCGCAGAGGAAGCAAAGGCAGAUGACAAUGAAAAAAAAAUAAAAGACAACAUCCUGUUGAUUAAAAAGAAUAUGAUAUAUGCAGAGGAAAAUUUAGAAAAUUUAAAAAAUAAUUUAAUAUCCAAAAGAAUUAUAGAAGCCUUGCAUGAAGAAAUUCAACAAAUAUAUGUCAAGGUUAUCGAAACAGAAAAUUUAUUCCGUGAUUGGGAAAUAAAAUUUGCUGAAAAUCCAUUCGAAAAACAAAAAAAAAAAUAUAUUUUUGAAAAAUUAAAUAUCCAUUUUAAAAAUGAAGUAAAUAAAUUGGAGAGCAUAUCUGUGAAUGUAAAAAAAGCUGCCAACGAAUUGCCCAAUAUAGAAAAUGGAGAAAUGAAUUAUAGUCAUAUAAAAAAUGGCAAGGGAAAAAAAAUAAAAAAUAGCAAUAUGAACACUUUGGGGACAAAUCAUUUUACCAAAGAUAAUUUUAUUCUCCAUGUGGAUGAUGAUUUUGCCGACAAUGACGGUUUUGUCGACAAUGACGAUUUUAUCGAAUCCGCCAGUGUGUAUGAUUAUGAGUUGGACCAGUUUAACGAAAAUGACCACUUAAUAGAGAGCGAAAUAGCCACACAGAGGUUCGAAGGAAUUAAAAAAAUUCAAUGCCAAGUUGCGCAAGCACAAGAAGUGUUUAAAGAUUUUGCAAACCUGGUUUUUACGCAGAAGGAAAAUAUCGAAAUUUUGAAUAACAAUAUUUAUGAUGCCAAUAUAAAUGCUUUUAACAGUGCCAAGGAAUUAAAGAAGACGUAUCAAAGUCUAGAAGGGGUUGAAACGUGGACCUUUCCUGCUCAAGCCCCCACGGGCUGCGCGACGGACGUGUAUCGUUGGAAGUGGGACAGUACUCGCGCUGGCAGCAUUGGGUAG